ACUUUUCACUUCCAGUAUCUUUUUUAUACUCAAUACACUUUGGUUUUGAAAUGGAGAGUUACUCAAGGAAAUGGUGUGUAGUGUUUGUGUUGUUGGCUUUAGCGUCCAGUGUAGCAAAAGCACAACAAGUUCCAUGUUACUUCAUUUUCGGUGAUUCUUUGGUUGACAAUGGAAACAACAACGGUCUUGUUUCUUUUGCAAGAGCCAAUUACUUUCCUUACGGCAUCGAUUUCGGCGGCCCCACUGGCCGGUUUUCCAACGGAAAAACCACCGUUGACGAGAUUGCUGAGCUACUUGGAUUUAAAGACUACAUUCCUGCGUACAAUACUGUAAGUGGUCGGCAAAUACUCACCGGAGUUAACUACGCAUCUGCAGCUGCCGGAAUCCGAGAAGAAACCGGUCGACAAUUGGGACAAAGAAUAAGCUUUAGCGGGCAAGUUCGCAACUACCAAACAACGGUACAGCAGGUGGUGAGCGUACUAGGAGGCCAGGCUCAAGCAGCUGAUUACCUCAAGAAAUGCAUUUAUUCUGUUGGCAUAGGAAGCAACGACUAUCUCAACAACUACUUCAUGCCUACGUUCUACUCUUCAAGCAGACAAUUCACACCAGAACAAUUCGCUGAUGAUCUCAUCAGUCGCUACACCACUCAGCUUAAUGCACUAUACAACUAUGGGGCUAGAAAGUUUGCAUUGAUCGGAGUUGGCGCUAUCGGUUGUAGUCCGAACGCCCUCUCUCGCAGUCGGGACAGUAAGACUUGCGAUGACCGAAUCAACUCAGCGAACCAAAUCUUCAACAACAAGCUAAGAUCUAUGGUUGAUCAGCUCAACAACAAUCAUCCCGAUGCACGGUUCACUUACAUCAAUGCCUAUGGCAUUUUCCAGGACAUGAUCACAAACCCCUCUAGAUUUGGGUUCACAACGACAAACGCAGGGUGUUGUGGAAUCGGAAGAAAUGCUGGUCAGAUCACAUGUUUACCGGGACAAAGACCAUGUGGAAACCGAAAUGCGUACGUAUUUUGGGAUGCUUUUCACCCGACCGAAGCCGCAAACGUGGUUAUCGCAAGGAGAUCGUACACCGCACAAUCACCUUCAGACGCUUACCCUAUUGAUAUCUCAAGCCUAGCACGCCUUUGAAAGAACAUAAGAGAGAAUAAGAACUAAAAGAAGUUCCACAAACUAAUAUGUGAUCUUCUCAUGUACCAUUUUUCAUAUAAAAUCAAGCAUAACAUUAUUAUA